GUACAUCAUAGAAAGGGACUAGAUGGUCGGCAUGCAAACCUGAAUACAUUUUCGCUUACUUUGGUGCUUGCAGUCUUGCGCCCACGGUAACGGUGUUUCCAGUCUAUUGUCAGUUACACACAGCCUUUAACCUAUAAAUUGCUACAUUAUGUAAUCUGGACAAUUCCCCAUAACAUUGGGUUGAAGCUUCUUCUGUUUGUCGCUGAAAGGACAGAAAAUGGCUGUUGCCACGGUUGCAGACCCGGCAAAGUAUGCCGAGAAUCUACGCAAACAGCUUAUGAACGAUCUCUUUGAGGGAGAUGACUUGGAGUCGGACGUCACCCCUCUUGGCGAUAACAUUAAUCUCUCUGACUUCUUGGGCGACGCUGGCAUAAUUAGCCUUCAAGAUGUCGACAAAGACUUGGAGGAAUUUCAGGACCACGAUGUUAUUAAGGGAAUUCUUGAGCAGGGACGCGUGGUGAAGGAGUACGCGCGGGAAAUCGAUGACAAGCUGCGAACCGCGGAGAUGGAGUCGAUCCAGGACUACAUCCAGGAGAGCGAUAACAUGGUGGAGCUGCAUGAGCAGAUCAAGACGUGCGACUCCAUCCUGGCGGGCAUGGAGCAGCUGCUGGCCAAGUUCCAGUCGGACCUGGGCAAGGUUGGCGAGGAAAUCCGGCAGCUGCAGGUGCAGUCGCAGUCCAUGGGCACCAAGCUGAAGAACCGGCGGGCGGCGGAGGGGCAGCUGGGCGCAUUCAUAGAGCAGCUCACCGUCAGCGAGGAGCUGGUGCGGGCCAUUCUGGACAACGAGGUCAACGAGGACUACACCGAGCACCUGGUGGCGCUAGACCGCAAGCUGCGCUUCGUGCGCGAGGACGGAGUGGCGGGGCAGUCUCUGGCGCGGAGGGACAUCGAGGGGGCGCUGGAGAAGCUGCGGAUCAAGGCGGUCACAAAGGUCCGCGAGUUCGUGCUGUCCAAGGUGUACCAGCUGAAGCGCCCCAAGACCAACGUGCAGAUCAUCCAGCAGUCGGUGCUGCUCAAGUACAAGUACUUCAUGAGCUUCCUGCGACAGCAUGGGACCGAUGUGUACACGGAGAUCCGCGACGAGUACAUUUCCGUGCUGUCGGGCAUCCUGGCCUCCCACUUCCGCACCUACCUGGCAGCCAUGGAGAAGAUGCAGGCGGCGGUGGCGGGCGCGGCGGACGUGCUGGGGGCGGCGGAGGGGGCGGGCGGCGGGGCGGGGGGAGGCAUCGGGGCGCUGUUCGGGAAGGGGGCGGCGCGGGCCACAACGGAGGCCACCUUCAGCCUGGGCGAGCGGUCCGCCGUGCUGGACCAGCUGGACAAGCCCGCCAUCAUACCGCACAUGGCGGAGUACGAGGGAAGGAAGUUCCCGUACGAGGUUAUCUUCCGCAACGUGCACAAGCUGCUGCUGGACACCGCCACCAGCGAGUACCUCUUCUGCUGCGACUUCUUCGACGAGGACGAGGGGCUGCCCGUGUUCCGGGACCUGUUCAAGGACAUCGUGGGGGUGGUGGAGGGCAACCUGGCGACCAACCUGCAGCUGAUCGGCGACCUGGUGUGUCUGCUGCUGAUGAUCCGCAUCAACCACGACCACCGCAAGCUCAUGCUGCGCCGCCGGGUGCCCUCCCUGGACGACUACCUGGACCGGGUGCACCUGCUGCUGUGGCCCAGGUUCAAGCUCCUGUUCGACGGCCAGCUGCACUCCAUCCGCCCCGGCUGCGAGCGCGCGCUAUUCGUGGACUCCCCCGCGCCGCACUUCGUCACGCGGCGCUACGCGGCACUGGCGGCAUCCAUGCUGGUGCUCAUGGCGGGAUACGAGAGCGGGGACCCGGGCAUCUUCAAGGCGCAGUCCUUCGUGGACUCCAUGGAGCGGCUCUGGCAGGCCAUGCACGACCUACUGCUGCGCAUGUCCAACCUGUUCAAGGACCGCCGUACGGGCAUCGUGUUCCUCAUCGUGCAGUACAAACACAUACACACCACACUGUUCGCCGCGGCGUCAGCAGGCAGUGCUGGCGUGGCUGCCGCUGCUGCGGGUGGUGGUGCGGGUGGUGCAGCGGGUGGAGGUGCUGCUGCGGGCGGAGGCGGGGGCGGGUCGGCGGCGGCGGGGGCGGGGGGCAGUGCGGCAGGAGGGGCGGGGGGAGCGGGUAUCGGUCUGACGGGGCUGUGCCACUUGAAGGAGUGCGAGGACCAGCUGGCCUCCUGCAUGGGUCUCUUCGUGGAUGACCAGCUGGCCGCGCACUUCCGCGACCUCACCGACUGGGUGCGCAAGGCGGAGCAGGCGGCCAAGCGGUCGGGAGUGGCGGAGGGGCAGCACAUACCCGGCUUCGCACCCGCGCAGGCGGCGCCCCUGCUGAGGGACUUCGCGGCCAGGUGGCAGGCCGCCAUCGAGAGCAUGCACCGGGAGGUGGCCGCCCAGUUCUCCGAAACCAGCUGCGGGCGGGACGUGCUGCAGGCCUCCAUGACCUCGCUGCUUAAGUACUACACAAGGUUCCUGGAGCUGCUGAAGCGGCAGGGUGCGGAGGGUCUGACGCUGGUUCGGGAGGCGGUCAACGUGCCGUCCAUCAUGUACGAGAUCAAGCGGAUCACCAAGACGUAGGGGAGAGGAGAGG